CUACUACUACUUCUACUACCAUAACUACUGGAUAAACUCAGGAUAGCAGGGCCGUCUGCAUCAGUAAGUGACACCAGCAAGGUUGUUGCAUUGUCAGUGUUUCUAUGGCAACAACAACAUUCAAAACAAAUUGCUGCCCUACACGAGCAGGCGGUGCUGAUGCGGGGUCAACCUCAAAGUGGGUAACCAGCUUAAUCAUUUCUUAUUGUGGGUCGUCAACCGUUAACCGCAGCGAUGCCAAAUAAAAAGGGGAAUAAAGGAAAAGGCAGCGACGCGAAGGAAGGCAAACAAGAGCCCAAGGCCGACAAAGAGUCGGAUGUGGAGAGGGCGAAGGCCAACGCUGCCCUGUGGAGGCUGAGGUUGGACGUCGCAGAACAGUCGCUCGAUGAGUACCGCGCCUCCACGGGCACGCUGGCCGCGGCCAACCAGGCCCUCACCAACCAAGUGUACCGCUCAGAGAAGGACAUGAUGGACAUCAUGGCCCACCUUAAGAGAAAAGACGCCGAGACAGACGCAAAGAUAGCGAGUUUGGAGGAGCAACUCAAAAGUGAAAAUGCGCAUGCGCGUGAAGAACGGGAGAAUCUGGUCGCCGUGCACACUCUUCAAAACGAAGAGCUCGAGCAAAGAUUCGGGGAGAGGGCCAAGGACUUUGACACGAUCCAGGCGGGGCUGAAGAAGAUCGAGGAGUUCCGCAAGACGAAGGCCAAGAUGGAGCUGGAGCUGAGACGCAUGAGAGAAGGCAUGUUGCUCGCCGAGAGAAAACACCUAGAGAACCUGGGCAGAGUGGAGACCAAAUUCUACACCCAAAAGCUGCGCCUUGAGAAGGAGGCUGAGCAGAGGCUGGCCCACCUGAGUGAGCUAGCCCACGAUGAGGCCGUGCUGAAGCUAGACGACGCCUCCCGCUCGGUGUUCAAGGAGAACGUCCGUCUGAACGAGGCCUUGAACUACCACAUCAAGGAGGUAGAGGACCUGAGGAAAAGGGCUGCCACCUCACAGGCCACCAUGCUCAGGGACAAGUAUACCGAUGUGCGGAUGACCCAGACGAACGCGGCCCAGAUGAAGGCCUACAGGAAGGAGAUCGCCGACCUCCGGGCCAAGCUGGACUACUCGGAGAAGGCCCAGGCGCUGCUGGUGGGGCAGCUGCUGCAGGAGAGCGGGCUCCGCGAGGUUGACAGCCGGGCCAGGUCUGAGGACCUGCACAGGUUCCAGAAGUUGUUGGCCAAGCGGGGCAGAGAGACGGCCCAAGGCAAGCGGCAGGUCGCCGAGACGGAGCUGCAGCGUUUUUUCCAUGCCGCACUGUCUCAGGUGAGGCAGGAGAUCCAGGCCAGCAGGCUGGUGUACAAGAAGCAGGCGUCGACGGCCUACCAGGGCAGCCUGAGGGAAGCCCUGGCGGGUAGGAAGCAGCAACCCCUCGUCCGCACCUUCAACAAGAACCCCCACAGCACCAACUCGGUCUACACGGACAUGGAAGAGGCUCAGAAGUGGACUGAGACGCAGGGACAGAACGACCAAGUGGACGUCAGAGACCUCACUUGGGAGCAAAAGGAGAAAGUGCUGAUGCUGCUCUUUGCGAAGAUGAACGGACCAAAAACAAGGAAGCAAUGCCGGAAGGAGGCUCCUGACACGUCCAUGGAGCAGAGCGGGACGGACAGCGCGGACGCCCUGAGGAUGACCCAGAGGACCUUCAUGACCCUGAUGCCCGAGAACAGCCUCCCUGACAUCCACCAGUGACCCAGGUCUUGGCCUGGCUGUCCCCCCUCCCCCCACACACACUACUGUCGGCUGCUGCUGGGUGGAUGGGAAUAAAGAAUAUCCUAAGCAUUAGGACAGGGAUGUUUAUUUUCCCAAACAAACAUUGGUCAACAUUUUAUGAAAUCCACUUCUAUCCACCUUUGUUCAUUCACUUUAGGCAUGGUUUUCAUUCUGAUUCCGAUGUUAUUAGUAUAUUUUGUAGACAAGACGGGGAACACACAUACGACAAUCAGUAGAAAAUCUUCACAGAAGGGAAAUAAUUAUAAAUAUAUUAAAA